AUGGCUCAGCAGCCACAGAGCGGCUCCAGGCGGCGCCGAGGUGGGGUGCGGGCUGAGGGAGCCGGGCCUCGACGUCCUCCCUCAUCCCCGUCCCCUCCGGAGCUGGAGCUCGGCCAGGAGGAACCGGGGGACCCUCAUGGAGCUGGCGCCUGUCAGAGCCGUCGAGGGACGGCUUCAGGGGGUUGGUGCGCAGCGGGGCGGGGGGAACGAGGAGAGCCGGGGACCCCCGAGUCAGGGUUCCCUCAGGACCUGCUCGGUGGUGACCUGGCGUUUCCUUGUCCCGAGCAGCCGAAGGUGGCGUUCCGGGGAGGUGCGAACCGGUGCUGGAACCUCAGCGUGGACACCAGCAGUCGGCUGUCCGACGUGUUCAACAGCAUGAUGCUGACCGGCUCCACGUCCUUCUACGACUGCUACAAACCCCAGAAUGAAGACAAUGUAGACCUAAGACAGACCUGCACUCCACUCUCUUCAUCAACAGAGUACGCAAGCUCUAUAGACUCCUCACUCUUCUACGCGCCGUGGUCUACUUACGGAGAUGAUAUUAAACAACCUUCUAGUUCUCAGAUCAGUGUAAAGAACAGGAUUCAGACCGAAAGAAAUGACUAUGGCAGUGAAACAGACUUAUAUGGACUUGUGUCUAACAUUUUGGAAGAACAGGAUAAAUCACAGCCAUAUUUUGCUGAAGGGACCUGCUCCUCCAAUUUAAAGUCAGUUUGGCCAAUGAACACAAGCAGAUUUGUAGAUCACCAUGACCUCUUAACAGAAACCAAAAGGCCAAUAGAUACAACUAUCUCUCAGCAAGCUUUUUAUAGUGGUGAAUCUGUGUCAGCAGUGGAAAAGCAAUACUUGCAUAAUAAUAAUCUCACACCACAACAAAAAAUAGAUGAACUUUAUCAUGGAUAUACCGGUUUAGACCUUGAAGAACAAUGGUUGUACCUCUCAAGAAGUGAUCAUUCUAAUUGUUACAAUAUUCAGACAAAUGAUACAGUUAAGGCAACUUUCCAAGAAUAUCCAUUUAUCAAAAACUGUUUUACACCACAAACAGGUCUGUCUGAUAUCAUGAAAGAAUCAGGAAUUGAUACUUACUCUUAUGGAAGAGAGAAAAUAUGUGCUAAAGGUCUUGAAACACCAUUGCAGCAUAAAAGGGCAGAGAUAUUUCUUUCCCAAUUCAAUAGAUAUAAUGAAAAUGCUGAUUAUUGUAGAUACCCAGAAUAUGCUCAUCCUAAUAAGGCAAAGCUUAACAAAUGUUCAAAUUUUAAUGUUCAAGAUGGUAAAAAAUUAGCCAAUGGUACACCUGAAACACCAACUGUGGAAGCAGAAGCCUAUACAAAGUUAUUUCAAGUGAAACCAGCAAAUCAGAAAAAAAUGGAGGAGACAAUACCUGACCAACAGAAUUUUGCAUUUCCGAAAACAACACCACAUCUGACAGAAAAACAGUUUGCAAAGGAAGCAACAUUCACUGCUGAUUUUGGCUUAAAAUCAGAAUAUGGACUAAAGUCUCACACAGCUUGUCCAGCUAAUAAUGAUUUUGCUAAUGUCACUGAAAAACAACAAUUUGCUAAGCCUGAUCCUCUAAAUUCUGAAUAUUUUAAAUCAGUGAAUUUAUUCUCAAAUUCAGCAACAUCUUCAGGAGGUAUCAGCUUAAACAGACCAACUUGGAUAAAUGUUCAAACAAAAAAUAACCUUCCUAUUCCAUAUCGAAAUCAAGACCAAUUAAAACCCGCAGUGGACCAGCUAGUGAACUUCAUAUUCGUCUAGAAGAGUGCUAUGAACAAUGGAGAGCAUUGGAAAAAGAGAGAAAAAAAGACUGAAUUAGCCCUUGCCAAGAAUUAUCCAGGAAAAAAAGUAUCCAGUACUAAUAAUACUCCAAUUCCAAGAUUGACUUCCAACCCAUCUAGAGUUGAUCGC